ACCGGGCCUUGUCAUGUGACUAGGUUCCUACUUGGUACUGGGAUGGAGCCGGAAGAGGGGACGCCCUUGUGGCGGCUGCAGAAGCUUCCAGUCGAGCUGGGCCCGCAGCUUCUUCAUAAAAUAAUUGAUGGCAUUUGUGGCCGAGCUUAUCCUCUCUACCAGGAUUAUCACAGUGUUUGGGAUUCGACAGAAUGGAAGAAUGUUCUAGAAGAUAUUAUCAAAUUUUUCAAAGCUGUAGUCGGUAAAAAUUUACCUGAUGAAGAGAUAUUUCAACAGUUGAAUCAGUUGCAUUCAUUUCAUCAAGAAGCUAUCAUGAAAUGUUUGAAAAGUAGGAAAGAUGAAAUCAAGAAGGCUCUGUUAGAAGAAAUAGUUGAUAUUUCUUCUGCACAGUUGCAGGAUUUUGAUUGGCAGUUAAAGCUUACACUGUCCAGUGACAAGAUUGCUACAUUACAAAUGCCACUUUUAAACCUUAAUCUAGACGUAAAAGAAAAUGGUGAAGUCAAGCCAUAUUCUGUCGAAAUGAGUAAAGAAGAGCUGCAGAGUCUAAUAAAUUCCUUGGAAGCAGCUAAUAAGGUGGUCCUGCAGUUGAAAUAACUGGAAAUGAUGAAUACCAACGCUAUCAGAGUUCACUGCUACACCUGACCCGGCCGAGUGAAUACUGUGUGUUCAGAAAACCUGCGCUAUACGGACUCUUACGCUGUGCUGAGAAAGCAGCAGUGUUGAGAUUGCAAAGAUAAAAACUUACCAGCUUCCCUAAAGAACAGGAAAUGAGAUGGUUGACUGGAAAUGCAUAAAAAAUGAUAGAUGAAAAAGCUAUAAUAGCUGUUUAUAUUUUCAUAAUGGCUGUUUUGCCUCAUUUAUUAAAUAUUUGAGAAAUCUUUAUAGAUAUACAGUUUUAUUGAAAGCUGAAAAUAGGUUCUGAAGUAAUGUAAACAUACAAAGCACAAAAAUACUUGAAUGUUGCUUAAAGGAAUAUAUGAAUAGCAAGGAUGUGUAUUAUGGAAUAUAUGGUUAACUUGUAAUAUUUUUAAAAUAACUUUUAAAGAAUGUCUAAGCUGCGUAUGUAACUCAGGAGACUCGAUGUCUUUCUUAUAUUUCAAAGGAAAGAUUAUAAAAUGUAAAUUUCUUAGAGAAAGAAGCUCUUCUUCAGACAUGAACAAGAAAAGAUAAUUAAAUUUGUGUGAACAGUUUUAUGAAUUAUUAAACUAUUACUAGAGUAGGAAAAAAUGAAAAUAAUACUGUUACUCCUUCAUUUCUGUGUCUGAUUGGGAGGGUGUGCUCUGAUAAAAGAAUAGAUGUUAUUGUAUAGUUUAUAUAUAACUAUUCAAAUAUCAGCUAAUAUUAAAUAUAGGGCCAUUUUUGUUAUGAA